GUUGCCAGGAGUAGACGCAUCUCCCACUCUAACUCUGUUGCCGUCCUGGCAGCUCCGGUUAAUGGAUUAUAUACUUUCCCUUCAAGUACGACAUCAGCUGGCAGUGCUCCCGAAAAAAAUCUGUGAGGGAUACAGCACAGAGUUACAGAUGAAGUCUACAGAAGUGGACCAAGGGCUUUUCACAGACACCUACUGCAGAGUUUGCAGUGCUCAGCUCAUCUCCGAGUCCCAGAGGGUCGCUCAUUAUGAGAGCCGAAAACAUGCAAAUAAAGUGCGACUUUAUUACAUGUUACAUCCUGUGGAUGGAGGCUGCCCUGCCAAGAAGCUCAGAACAGAGAAUGGCAGCGAUGAAGGUGACGUGGACAAGAAUAAAUGUUGCACGCUGUGUAACAUGUCCUUCACAUCAGCAGUGGUUGCACAGUCGCACUACCAGGGUAAAAUCCAUGCCAAGAGGCUAAAACUUCUGUUUGGGGAUGAGAGUGCCAUCACAACUAAAGAGGCCUCUCCCAGUCCUGUAAAGAGCUCUCCAGACUCAUCUCCCAUUACCUACCCGCGACAACGACGCGACUCGGAUCGCUACUGCCAACUAUGCAACGCUUGGUUCAACAACCCCGGCAUGGCCCAGCAGCAUUAUGAUGGUAAAAAGCACAAGAAGAAUGCUGCCCGAGCAGACUUGCUGGAGCAGCUGGGGAAGACUCUGGACAUGGGGGAUAUGAAAGGUCUGAAACGAAGCUAUACCUGUGAAGUGUGCAGCGUGACAUUGAAUUCGGUGGCACAGUACCACGCGCAUCUGCAAGGCUCAAAGCACCAAAACAAUCUGAAAAAUCAAAUAUGUGUCCAGUGAACAUGAGACAAACCAGCAACACUGAAUUGAUGUCAGACAAGCUGUGGUCAGCUUGCCCUACUUUUUUUCUGCCUCUACUCUGCAAACUGUCUUCACUCACUCGUCUGUCUUGAAUGAAUACAUUUUUCAUUUU